UUUUCAGAUCUCACUUUGGCUACACAACUUUGUUCAAUUCAAGCUGCUGCCUGUCUUCUAUUUUGCGCCUUACGCAGUCGAAGACAACAUUUAUUUGAGGAAGGGGAAUUGAUGAUUAGGCGAUAUUUUUGUAUUGAUGACAUUAGUUUACUUGCCCCAUUCUUUGGAUUAAUUGCAACAACAAUGGGAAUUUCUCCUGAUAGUUUAGCUUUUGAUGUUUCAAAACUUGUUGGCGGCGUCAAUGAUAACAGCAAAAACAAGGAUGAGAAGAAGAGGAAAAGUUGUUCUGAUUGGACGUUGCUAUUGGCUGGAAUUUAGGUAAAAAAAUGUUGGAAAAGAAAAUUUUUACUUGAUAUUUUUUAGAGUUAUGAUG